AUGGCGGAGGAAGUUGCGCAGUUGCUUAAGCAACAGAAUCAAAUUUUUGCAUACUGGGCAGAGAGAAUGGGAAAUUUCCAGAUCACCAUUCCGAAUCAAGCGACACCAUCACACAUAACCUCACAAUCCGUUCCGCUCCCUCCACCACUCUGUUUGGAAGGAGAUAUGGAGGAAAAUUAUACUUUCUUCGAAUCCAAUUGGAAAAAUUACGCAGUUGCUGUUGGCAUGAAUGAGUGGCCCGAAAGUGAAAAUAAGAAGAAAGUCAGUUUCUUAUUGUCGGUUGUUGGAACAGAUGCUCUGAAGCGGUACUUCAAUUUUGAACUCAACGAAGCACAGAAAGUAUCUCCCGAGACUGUGUUGGAAGCUAUCAGAGCGAAGGUAGUGCCCGUUCGAAACAUCAUUGUUGAUCGCCUGGAUUUUUUCUCUGCGAUCCAGAUACAAACAGAAUCCAUCGAUGAAUAUGUGAGCCGUUUGAAAGUGUUGGGAAAACCGUGUCGAUUCGGAGCGUUGGAGCAGGAUAUGAUGGUGUUCAAGAUAGUUACAUCGAACAAGUGGUCUAAUUUGAAAACAAAAAUGCUUACAAUGCCCGACAUCAAUCUGUCAAAAGCCAUCGACCUUUGUAGAAUGGAAGAAAUUACCGCACGUCAUUCAAAACAAUUGUCUUUGGAACCGCUUAUGGAAGUCAAUAAAGUCACUGCUCAAAUUUGCAAGUUUUGCGGCGGACGUCAUCCUUUCAAACGUGGAGCAUGUCCAGCCUUUGGAAAACGUUGUGAUAAGUGUGGCGGAAAAAAUCAUUUCCAAAGAGUUUGCAAAUCGGAUGGAUCGACUGGAAGAAUAAAGGGAGGCAGAAACGUAAAAGCAGUUGCAACAUCGGAGGCAAGAAAUAACCAUGCAUCGGCUGAAGAUGAAGAACAAGAGAUUUGGAUACAAGAAGCGGAAGAAACACUGAUUGGAAAAAUUGUGGAUAAGUCUGGCACAGGUGGCGCUGUCUUGGCUGAUCUGUCGCUAAAGUUUGGAAGCGUGUGGAAAAAUGUUAGUUGUGAAUUAGAUACCGGUGCCUUGGCCAGUAUUAUUGGAAUGGAUUGGUUGAAAAAGUUGUCUGGACAAGCUAAACCGGCAUUGAGUGCUUCAAGAUGUCGUUUGCGAGCCUUUAACGGUACCCCGAUCGAGGUCUUGGGUGAAAUUGAAGUUCCUUGCCAUCAUAAAGGUAAGCGAUAUAGGAUGGUGUUCCAGGUAGUGAACAUGAAUCACCCGCCGUUGCUGUCCGUUACUGUCUGUACCACUUUGGGUCUGGUGAAAUUUUGCAACUCCGUUCACCGAGACAUAACUACAUUGCAAGUGUUGGAUCAAUACCGAGAAGAAGCCAAAUGUAUCAUACGGGCUUACCAGGAUGUGUUUGAAGGCAACGGAAAAAUGGAAGGUGUUGUCAAGUUGGAAAUCGAUGAAGCAGUGAAGCCAGUGAUUCAAACACCCCGUCGCAUCCCAAUUGCUUUCAGGGAUAAUCUUCGAAAUAAGAUUGAUCAGCUUGUUCAGGAUGGCAUCAUUCAAAAGGAGACACAACACACCGACUGGGUGAGUAAUUUGGUUUUGGUAAAGAAAAACUCCCCUGGGUUGGAUUCUCUUCGUUUGUGUCUAGAUCCCAUUCCUUUGAAUAUGGCCCUUAAGCGUCCGAAUCUCCAGUUUACAACACUGGAUGAAAUAUUGCCUGAACUUGGCAGAGCAAUGAUCUUUUCAACGGUCGAUGCAAAGAAGGGGUUCUGGCAAGUUGAAUUGGACGAGGCCAGUAGUAAGCUCACUACCUUUUGGACUCCAUUUGGGCGCUACCGGUGGCUCAGAAUGCCUUUUGGUAUUUCUUCAGCUCCGGAAAUAUUCCAAGCAAAAUUACAAGAAACUCUUGAAGGACUGGAGGGCAUUGAGUGUUUGGCAGACGAUAUUUUAAUAGUCGGAGCAGGGGAUACUAUUGAGGAGGCCCUGAAAGUCCAUAAUCAACGACUAGUGAAACUACUUGUGCGCCUUCGGAAUAACGGAGUGAAACUUAAUAUUGAAAAGCUUAACUUAUGUCAAACGUCUGUUAAUUUUUUUGGUCAUGUCCUUACCUCCGAAGGGCUGAAACCUGAUGAAAGGAAAGUAGAAGCAAUACAAAAAUAUCCUGUACCAACAUCGCCUAAAGAAGUUCACCGAUUUGUAGGUAUGAUCAACUACCUUGCGAGAUAUAUUCCAAAUUUGAGUAGUAAGCUGGUAGUAUUGCGAAAGCUUAUUCCGGAUGAUGCUCCGUGGCGAUGGACAUCUGAGGAAGAGAACGAAUUCAACGAUGUAAAACAAGCUAUUUCUGAGCACUCCGCUUUGCAAUACUAUGACCGAACCGAGCCGCUGAUCAUAGAAUGCGAUGCCAGUUGCCAUGGAUUGGGUGUAGCAGUAUAUCAGAGGAAAGGAGUUAUCGGAUACGCUUCUAGAACACUAACAAAAACUGAGAAAGGGUAUGCUCAAAUAGAAAAGGAGUUAUUGGCGAUCGUCUUUGCAUGUAUUCGAUUUGACCAGUUGAUCGUUGGCAACCCUAGCGUCGUUGUCAAAACCGAUCAUAAGCCGUUGUUGAGUAUUUUUAAAAAACCUCUGCUUACCGCCCCCAAGCGAUUGCAACACAUGUUGUUGGCCUUGCAGCGGUACCAUUUGGCGAUGCAAUAUGUCAAAGGUAAGGACAAUCUGGUUGCCGAUGCUAUAUCGAGAGCCCCUAGCGAUACACUUGAUGAUGGUAGCAUGACGAAGCAGUACGUGUACAAAAUACUUGCUGGUGUAGAAGAAGUAGUCUUGCAGAAUUGUCUGAGUAUAUCCAGUGAACGAAUUUCGGAAAUCAUACGCCAUACUGCUAGCGAUGAAGCUCUCCAACAUGUGAUGGAGUAUAUUCGCAGAGGAUGGCCAAAAACCAUAGAUGACGUGCCGGCCCAGGCCAAAAUGUAUUAUAAAUAUCGGGAUGAACUGGCAGUUCAAGAUGGAAUUGUGUUCCGAAACGAGAGAAUAACGAUUCCUCCAACAUUGUGGCGUAUAAUGAUUGAUCGAGUGCACAUCGCACAUUCGGGUGUAGAAGGGACACUUAAGUUAGCACGCGCAAACAUUUUUUGGCCUGGUAUGUCGAAUCACAUUAAACAUGCUAUCUCGCAGUGUGAUACUUGUGCCAAAUUUUCAGCUUCCCAAUGCAAGCCACCUAUGCAAACGCAUCCCAUACCAGUACAUCCGUUUCAGUUUAUAUCAAUGGAUGUCUUCACAGCUUACUACAAAGGUAGGGCAAGACAUUUUCUUGUAACGGUAGAUCAUUACUCUGACUAUUUUGAAGUGGAUUUGCUACCAGAUCUAACAAUGCAUACUAUGGUGGAUGUAUGCAAAAGGAACUUUUCUCGGCAUGGAAAACCACAACGGAUGUUGUCUGACAACGGAAGCAAUUUCGUGAACAAGGAGAUGCAACAGUUUGCUAAAGAAUGGGAUAUUGAGCAUGUAACAUCAUCACCCUACCAUCAGCAAGCGAACGGAAAAGCCGAAUCCGCAGUAAAAAUUGCAAAAAAACUGAUCAAGAAAGCUGAUGAUUCCAAGCAGGAUUUUUGGCUUAUGUUACUGAACUGGAGGAAUACACCAAACAAACUUGGAUCAAGCCCGGUAUCAAGGUUGUUUUCUCGGAGCACGAGAUGCGAGGUUCCCAUGUCAGCAAAGAACCUUAUGCCAUGUACUGUUCCGAAUGUACCAGAAGCUAUUCAGGCUAAUAGACGAAGGGUAAAGUACCAGUACGAUAAAUCAACUCGCCAGCUGCCUUCUCUUCAAGCGGAUGCUUCUUAUCGCUGUUUGCUGAUGAUACAGCAAUCUUAG